GUAAGCUCCGUCACAGGCGUAGAGCGAGACUCGUGAAGGUUUUGUGGAUCAUGGAGGAGGAAGAUAAAUAGAGGAGAAAAGGCUUGAAGCUCACGCCAGUGGGUGUCCGUCGGUUGUCGGGGGGAUUUGUUUCGACACGACCGUGGGACCGGGAGCUGGGCCGGACAGACGGAGCGGAGAAGGAGGGACUGUCUCUGGGCUCCAGCAGCAGCAGCUGUCGGCGGGGAGUUUUCAGGUGCACAGGUUGGGUUUCGCCUCAUCCUUGUGUUACCAUGGCAAUGCGGGAGUUGGUGGAGGCAGAAUGUGGGGGAGCCAAUCCCCUCAUGAAGUUGACCGGCCACAUGACCAAGGACGACAGCGCGUGGCGGCACCGCUCAACACCUACAGUUCCCCCUGCUCCCAUUGAAUUAGCAACUGAAGAAGAGCUGGUGAAUGAGUUCCUUCAGGCCCCACCACGACCUCCACACACAUUUGACAUGGGUCAGCUGUUGGAGGAAAUGCAGCAGAUUGACCAGCAGAGCUACAGACAGGCUCCACAGAGAGCUCCAGAUGUGGCAGCACUGGCACUCUCUGGUGAUUGGGCCGCUGAGUUCCUCUCAGGACCUGACUCUGCUGCCGCACCAGGGCUCACUGCCCUUGCUGAAGGAGCUGACGCUGAUUGGACGAGAGAAUUCAUUGCUGAAGCUUCAGAUCCUGGACGGUGGGCAGAAGAGUACCUGGAGCAGUCUGAGGAGAAACUGUGGCUCGGGGACCUUGGAGACAAGGAAAGUGAAUGGACAAAAGAGUAUCAGCCUGGAGAUGAGUUGCGACAAACGGCCAAUGAGCUUGUCUCAAAGGUUGAUGACCCCAAGUUACAAAACACAGAGUUCCUGCGAUUCAUUAGGCAAAUUGGCGAGGGCAGUGUGACAGUGGAGAGCAGAACAGACAAAGAGCUCACAGAUAAAGCUCAGGCUGAGGAGGCUCAGAACUGGGCCUCCAACGUCAACCAGUUCCUGGUUCAGACGGGGGGAGGGAGUCUUCCUUUGGAAACCCAAGAGAUGAAUCAGAAGAUUGAGAGCGUUAAAGCUAAGCAAGCACGACAUUGGGCCAAAGUCGUCAGGCAGGUUUCAGAGGACUCGGCUGAAGCAUGGGUAGACCAGUUCGCUGCAUCAGGCCCAGAUUUUCAACAAGCCAAAGCAGCUGUGGAGAGUGAUGUGGAUUUCUGGGAAAAGCUGCAAGAGGAGUGGGAGGAGAUGGCCAAGAGAGAUGCAGAGAGUCAUCCCUGGCUGUCUGACUUCGACCAGCUUCUCAGUUCUUCUUACGACAAGGGUUAUCAGUUUGAAGAGGACAACCCCUACUUAUCCCACCCAGACCCUUUGUCAGAGGGGAUAAAGAGAAUGGAGGCAGGAGACAUCCCCGGGGCUGUACGGUUCUUUGAAAGUGCUGUACAGAAGGAACCAGACAACCAGCUGGCAUGGCAAUAUCUAGGCACCUGUCAAGCAGAGAACGAGCAAGAAUUUGCUGCCAUCAGCGCCCUCCGCAGAUGUAUAGAACUGCAGAAGGACAAUCUGACUGCCCUGAUGGCGUUGGCCGUCAGUUUCACUAACGAGUCUCUGCACAGGCAGGCCUGUGAGACUCUUCGAGACUGGAUGAAGCACAAUCUGAAAUAUCGCUCUGUGUGGGAAGAGCAUGAGCAGGAACACCAAAAGAAUAGCGCCGGAGACAGGGAGAAGGAGAAGGACAGGUUUGGAUCGCUGUUGCCGGAAUCGCUGUUCACUGAUGUCCAGACCCUGUUCCUGCACGCAGCCAACUCUGACCUUAGCCAGGUCGACCCCCAGCUACAGUGUGGCCUAGGAGUCCUUUUCAACCUCAGUGGAGAAUACGAUAAGGCAGUGGACUGUUUUAGCGCUGCUCUCUCCGUCACUCCACAGGACUACCUUUUGUGGAAUAAGUUGGGUGCUACUCUGGCCAAUGGGAGCCGAUCAGAGGAGGCGGUAGCCGCCUACAGAAGAGCUCUGGAGCUUCAACCAGGUUUCAUCCGCAGUCGCUAUAACUUGGGAAUCAGCUGUGUUAACUUAGGCGCACAUAGAGAGGCAGUGGAGCACUUCCUCGAAGCCCUGUCUCUGCAGCGGCAGGCUGCAGGAAAUGAAGUGAGAUCUGCAAGGGGGCCAGGCGGGGCAGCGGGCACAGUGAUGUCUGACAAUAUCUGGUCCACCUUACGCAUGGCUCUCAGUAUGAUGGGAGAGAGCCCUCUGUAUGCUGCCGCCGACCGGCGAGACUUGGACACAUUGCUGGCUCAUUUCAGCCAGAGAGAGGUGGAUGGUGGGACUGAAUGAAGACGAGCCAGGGGAGGGUUUAUUGAGUGUGAAUGUGUUCUGCUGGGAGGUAAAUGUUUGGGUGACUGAAGUGUAGGAAUGACCAGGACAUGGUAAAAGUAAUGGUUCAAGGCAACAAAAAAAUUACAAAAAAAAGGAAGGCAAGGAAGACACUGUGAUAUAAACUGUGUUAGACGCCAUCUUCAUGAUGUGGUUAUAUUUAGAAUGACUUUUACCAAGUAUUGCAGUAUUUAUCUCCAUCUGGAGAGAAGCAUCCUGCAGUAACCCAGUUAUUCUACUGUGUUUUACAUGUUCGAUGGUCCUCACAUUUCUCCCUUUGCUGAUCUGGAGAACUGCUUGGAAGAACCAACUUUAAUUUACUUUAAAGUUUGUUUCAAAGAAGAAAGUAAGCAAAGCUAAAGCACGAGUCAAUCCCUUGUGUAUUCAGUAGCCAGCAAAGUUAUGCCUGUUUGUGCUGAGACGCUCUGUGCUCUCCCCGGUCUCAUUUACUGUCAUUACUCUGCGGUUGAGUAGAUUAAAGGUACAAUAUUGCUGUGACACGAUAGUACUGCCUUUCACGUAGAAGUACUCUGAAGAGAGAACGGUUAUGCAGGCUCAGAGUAGAGACACAAGUCAGAUGUACUUCAGUUAUGUUUUUAUACUUUAAUGAUCCCUAAAAAUUAAAAUUAUUCUGCCAUCACAAUAAACUGAUAACCAGCAGGACUGUUAAUGUUAUGAUGAGGUGUGUGUGUUUGUUGGGGUUGGUCAAGGGGAGGGCAUUAAUUGGGAAGUGAAUGAUCAAAUUAUGUAAUUGUCAUGUCAUUGAGAUUUUCUGGGCUCCUCCUCUUUUUUUCAAAUAACUCUUGUAAAACAAACUUUGUUCCAUUGUAAAAUAAUUGCAUAUGCCAUAAUGUUUAUUGAACAUAAUGAUGCACUAUAAUUGUUUUCAGGCUUCUUAUAUCCUGACUGCAAUGUUUAAUAUAAUAUUCAGCAAUAAAGCUUUGAUUCCAAACAUUUGUUGGUAAGCUGUUACAUGACUACUCAAUGAAAAUAAAGUGAAGAAAAAACA